AUGCUGUCUGUUUUCGGCAACGAAGCGCCACAUCAGUCGACAAUUUCCCGUUGGUAUGGAGAAUUCAAACGUGGACGGGAAAACGUCGAUGCUGUGCGCAAACUCAUCAUUGAAGAUAGACAUGUGACAUAUCGCGAGAUUGAGGCUUCCUUGAAGAUCUCAAAGUCCUCAAUUCAAAAAAUUUUACAUGAAGAAUUAGGAGUAAGAAAAUUAGUUUCUCGUUGGAUACCCCACCUGUUGACUGAAGAGCAGAAAGCAGCCAGGGUUAAUUGGUGUCAAAAAACGCUUGACCGUUUCAAUUCCGGAAACUCAAAAAAUGUGUACAGCAUUGUUAGUAGCGAUGAAUCGUGGAUUUACUGUUAUGAAUCAGAAAUUGAAGAAAAGCCAACAAGAGUCAUCCGUUCUCGAAGUGUUUCGAAAAAGAUGGUCGCGACAUUUGUGUCAAAAGCGGGUCAUAUUGCAACAAUUCCUCUUAAUGAGCAAAGAACUGUUACUGCGAAUUGGUAUACCACCAUUUGUUUGCCAAAAGUCGUCAACGAGCUUCGAAAAAUGAACCCCGAAAGAAGAAUCAUCCUCCACCAAGACAAUGCAAGCUCGCACACAGCCCAAAAAACAAAGCAGUAUUUAACGGAAGAAAACGUGGAAUUAUUGGACCAUCCGCCAUAUAGUUCCGAUCUAAGUCCUAACGAUUUCUUUACUUUCCCGAAAAUUAAAAACAGACUUCGUGCAAACGAGUGGAAUAAGUGCUUCGAAAAUUGGUUCGAGCGCAUGCCGAUGUGUAUUAACCUUCAUGGAGAAUACUACAAAAAACAAAAAAUUCAUUAA